GCAUUUUGUAAUCAAAAAAUGGAUCCUCUUCAAUUUAAAAAAGAUGCACUUUUUUGGUUAAAUUUAUUUUUAAUACCUUUUCAAAAUAUUUCAACUAAUCCAAACAAUACUAUUGAUGGUUUAUACCUUCCAAGUCAA